AUGUUUCUAUCAAGGACACCGUUGACCUUCGCCGUGGCGGCGGCUGCGUUCUUAGGCGCCUCGCUCGUUGAAGCAACCACAACCACAGAUGAAGCAACCACGCCGUUAUAUGUAUGCAAUGACCCCAACGAUUCCCUGUGCCUAUUCUGCCGCCGAUACGCAAAGGCGCCUCAUGAGGCGGAACCGUUCCCCAGCACGUUUGAGCUGAAGUCGCGCCUGGUGGAUCACCUCAAAGCGAAGUUGAAGGCCGUUGGGGCGACCGUGAUGGAGGAGGUGUCUAGAGGCACGGGCGUCGCAAGCGCUCAGAUGGAGAAGAUAUGCGACGGAGUGUCGUUCAUCGCACACUACGUUAUCGCCCUGGAUGUCACUAGCGCGUCUCCACUGUCCAAGGCCGUCAGAAGGUACAUGCACUGCCUCCAUCAGGGUGCAUCGAGGCACGUUAAAGAGUUCCACAAUAUAGUUACGAAGGAAAACGUCACAAACCUGAAGGCCGUGCAGGCGAAGCUCCGAAGAAAGCUCCUGGCGGUGGAGUCCAUCACCACCGUUGACCUCGGCGACGUAAUGGGCUCAAGAAGAUGCCACGACCUGCUCUCGCAGAUGGAAUCCUGCUGCGCUACCUACGUCUUGCGGCAGGGCGACAUCGACGUGAGCCAGCAAGGACGGACAGACACGAUACGGAGCCCGUAUACGUGCUCGAGGCUAGAAGUGGCAUUCAGUGUGACUUCGAAUGCCGCAGCACAUAUUCGGGAACAGCGCAGAGCGCUCUGCAGCAGAUUGCCGUGA